AUGGCUCUCGAGACGCUCAAUUCUCCGACUUCAGCCACCGCCACAGCUACUAAGCCUCUUCUCCGGUAUCGUGAAGAAAUGGAGCCGGAGAAUCUUGAGCAAUGGGCUAAAAGAAAACGCACAAAACGACAACGUCUUGAUCAGACUCAUCACAAUCAAGAAACCACUCCUUCUGAAGAAGAGUAUCUCGCUCUUUGCCUCCUCAUGCUCGCUCGUGGAACCACCACCACCGUAAAACCUCCUCAUACUCCACCUCCGCCGUCACGUCGGCCGUCUUCCGAUCACCGUGAUUUCAAGUGUACGGUGUGUGGAAAGUCUUUUUCCUCUUACCAAGCCUUAGGUGGACACAAGACGAGUCACCGGAAACCUCUGGUGAAUAACGUCAACGCUCCUAGUAACCAAGAGCCAUCUAAUAAUAACAACAGUCACGGUAACGGUGUCUCCCUUGUUAUUAGCGUUAACGUUACCGCUAGUAACGGUGUUAGUCAAAGCGGGAAGACUCAUACUUGUUCGAUAUGUUUCAAGUCGUUUUCGUCGGGACAAGCCUUAGGUGGACACAAACGUUGUCACUAUGACGGUGGUAAUAAUAACAGUAACAGCGUAGAAGUCAUCGGUGGUGGUAGUGACGUCAGCGACGUGGAUGAUGGAAGAUCAUCGGAGCAGAGCAUGAUCGACGGCCACCGUGGAUUUGACUUGAAUUUACCGGCUGAUCAAGUUUCGGUAACGUUGACUCAGUAGAGAUUAAAGUCAACUUUCAAUACGAGAAUGUGAUUGGUCGAUGGUGAAGAUGUAACAGUCGUUUCUUA